AUGGCCGACUCGAGGCAAGUCGAGUCGUGGACAUGGUAUGGCUUCGCCAGCCUCUUCACACUCUGCCGCUUCGUCUCGAGGUCAAUCCGACUGGGUGGAGUUCGGUAUUUCGAGGUCGAAGACUAUGUCAUGGUUCUUGCCUUUGGCGUCUACACCAAUGUCAUUGUAUGGGUCAAUAUUCAAGAAAAGCACCCCCACACCAAUAUCCUGCCGUCAACGGGCACCGGUGGCAUGAGCGGAGCCGAGAUGCGUGAUCGCAUCUACGGAAGCAAGAUUACGUUUACAAUUGAGGAGUCCAUGGUGGUUUUGCAAAUGCUAUGCAAGCGGGAUGGGUCGUCACUGAGGCCUUCUUCUUCGGCUUUUGGUGUCAACCAUUUCGCAAUUACUUUCGAGUUUUCCCAUCUGAUCAUGUCGUUUGCUUUCAACCUUUCAUCUGAUCUUUUAAUGCUCGCCGUUCCCAUAUCAAUGUUGCUGCAAUCACAGCUGCCCUGGAAAAAAAAAGCGACCAUUUGUGGGAUAUUCGGCUUGGGCAUUUUUGUCAUUCUUGCCGCUGUGCUAAACAGAUAUUAUUGCUUCGCACAUCCCGAGAGCAUCCUCUGGAUCUACUGGUAUGUUCGCGAAGGCAGCACCGCCAUCGUUGUCACCAACGUGCCGCACUGCUACGCGCUGCCCCUCAAAGCGCUCAAGCUCGAAGCAUUCAGCAGCCUCGUUGGCAGCAUGCUCAAGACAAGGCGCGCCUCAUCCGGCAAGCAUGGGGAAGACCGCGGCGCCAACAAGAACAAGGCAACCAGCGACAAAGGCAUUCAUCAUAGCAAGCCAGCGUCAUCAGAAAGCACGGAGAACUUUGCGACAAGGAUAUCAAAACCAGCGUCAACAUUGCAAAUAUGGCAGAGCAGCGAAUAUAGUGUUAAUACAAACAAUACGAGUGAGCCUCGGUGGGAAGAGACGGAGCUGCAGCAAAUAUGGCAAGGCGGAUUGGGGACAACGGCAAAGGUCGAGGCGGCCAGGGCGGCCAGUUAUGGGAGCCCAGGCAAUCGUGAUGACCGUGAGGGCAUUGGACAGACGGUGUGA